UGUUUGGAGUUUGAAAUUUGGUCUACCCCAUUUGAAGACUUGAGAAAUAACAAUGGCAACCAUUGCCAUUCAUUAUCUUCUGCUGUGGCUUCCUCUCUUCCUUGGGGGCCUCUUUUUCUUAAGAACCAAUGCCCAACAUAACGGUUGGUUCCCUGGUCAUGCAACUUCUUAUGGAUCUACUCAAAACCCCACCUCCCUUGGAGGAGCUUGUGGUUAUGACAACACCUUCCAUGCGGGGUUUGGCAUAAACACUGCAGCAUUGAGUGGGGCACUGUUCAGAGGUGGUGAGGCUUGUGGUGCAUGCUUUCAAGUAAUGUGCAAUGCCCGCCGUGACCCGAAAUGGUGCCUACGCCGUGCCGUUGUUACUGUGACCACCACCAAUUUCUGCCCGGCAAACAAUCAAGGAGGAUGGUGUGAUCCCCCUCACCGGCAUUUUGACAUGUCCACGCCUGCUUUCUUUCAAAUUGCUCGACGAGGCAAUGAAGGCAUUGUUCCGGUCCUCUAUAGAAGGGUCCCAUGCAGGAGGAGGGGAGGGGUUCGUUUUACCUUUAAAGGGCAAUUCAAUUACAAUUUGGUAAUGAUCUCAAACGUGGGUGGGAGUGGAUCUGUGAAAGCUGCAUGGGUUAAAGGAUCAAGAUCUGGAAGAUGGGUACCCAUGCACAGGAACUGGGGAGCAAACUGGCUAAGCAGCAUAGAUCUCCAAGGCCAAAGGCUGUCUUUGAAGCUCACCUUGGUCGAUGACAAAACCCUUGAAUUCUACAACAUUGUGCCAUCAACAUGGAGAUUUGGACAAACGUUUGCUUCCCAACAGCAGUUCUCUUAA